AGCUCCGUGGGUGCUACGACUCAUCUAGCUUUCUUAGUAGUAUCACCAAAUGUCCACCGUCUCUACUCAACUCAGGCGAACGACGAUCCAACUCCUAAGUAUUACAGAGGAACCCAUCUGGAUUUGGGUCUUAUCGAAGCUUUGACUUUCCCGAUCUGCAUAUGCUGCUGAAGCAGUUCUGACCGUCAGCCUUCUAGAGUCGCACAUCGCCCUAGGCCAUGCUCUUCGCGAGAUCCAACACUCGAAGAAGCAAUGACCAUGGGGCGCUUCUGCAAAUCCUUUCUGACUGUGCUGGCCUUGGGUACCAAGAGUCUCAGCCAAUACGCGAUCUGUGGAAUUUUGUACGACUCUGUUCGUGGCAAUUCUGAGACCGAAGGGAUGGAAAGAGCCAUUGUUUCAGCCCUGACGGCGGCCCCCCAGCAGGGGCUGUGAGCGAGUCUCCUGCAUUUCUGACAUUCCAAUCAUGUCAGGGAGAAAAAGAUCGAUGAUUGCCGCGCUGUCAAAAAGCACCAGCACCGACUGGCGGGUUAGAUGAAGAUAGUACGUACAACUCUUAUUUUCCCUGCUUGUGACGGUUGGCGCCGCCGGGCAUGCACGUGGUGUAAGACAUGAACAUGCCUUCCAUCGUCUUCCUCGCCCAGCGAUAACCGGGCUGGGUCUUGCUGGAGUCUGAGUGUCGAGCAGGCCCCCCCUCCCAUCCUUCGUUAGUAGGCUAAGAAAUUAGCCCAGGACUAACGGAAUGGAGCACGUUCUCGAAAGGACCUGAGGUCAAUAGUGUCCGCCACUAGCUUAUGAAUGGAAGAGGAUUGGUCUUGAAGGCAGCAACUAGAAUUUCCCAAGAUGCAGUGCUACCAGCAUAUUAGCA